UGAGUGUAGUGGGGGAAGCACACGCACGGCUUUUAUUGCAGCGUCCAGCCUCCUUCAUUCAUCGACACGUCUCCGCUCACGCUGCUCACGAGCCUCCAGCAUCUGAGGAUUAUGAGUUGUGGUGUGUGAUUAAAGGAGCGCGCGAGGGUCGAUCGAGGUGGAGUCUGAAUCGAGGAAUUCCUGUGCCCAGUCUAAAAUGAGGAACUUCUGAGGGUUGAUCUGGGUGAUCUCGGAGCAGUACAGCAAAGUGUGUGUGGAUGACCCCGGGUGUGGCCGGCUGACCCCCUGCCCAGAUGAUGAAAGGCCUGUCCGGCAGUCGCAGCCAUCACCACGUGGUGGCCUGCGAACCCUCCUAUGACCCGCUUGGUCACCAUGGUGACCGCAAGCCCUACCUCAUUGGCCAGAUUGAUGCCCCACCACCACCGGACCAUCCCUACUACUCGGGGAGGGGCUCUUCCUACCAGCCGGACUGCGUUGUGGUGCCUUAUGGAACAUUUCCUCGACGCCACUACAACUCCAGCCAUGAGCUGAAGGACGAGUGUGCCUUGGUACCAUACACAGGUGGUGGGGCAUCCAAGAGUCAGCAGCGGGUGCCAGUCAAUUUACUGGACCAGCUUGACCGCCAGCUUCCAAUGCCCAGGGAUGGUUACCACACGCUUCAGUACAAACGGGCUGCGGCAGCUGCAGCGUCGGCUGCUUUGGAGCAGCGCAACGACAGUCCAGGGCGCAUCCGACACCUGGUGCAUUCGGUACAGAAACUCUUCACCAAGUCGCAUUCUCUUGAAGGGCCGCAUCACAGCAAGGGUAGCGUGAAUGGUGGGGCUGGAGGUGGGGGCAAGGCAAGUCCAGACGGGGAGGGUGGGCCAAUGCCGACACCCCGCCAACGGAAGCGCAGCAAAAGUCGUGAACGCUGCAAGUCUGCGGAACCCAAGCAAAGGACGCCACCUUCUGGAUACUGGAGUUCGGACGAGCCAGAGCGGGACAUCUGCCCAUUGCGCCACGCCCCGGCGCCCCCAGGAGUCAUGACCAUGGGCCGGCAUCCGGACAAGUCGCAGUCACAGUACUUCCUAGAGGCGUUCCAGGAGGGAGCAAUGCUGAAAAGCUCGAGAAGCAACAACGACGUUGCCAAGUGCCAGACGUGCGCCGUGACGGUGCCAUCGCUGGGAGUAGACACGGCGCAAUUGGUGAAGAAGAGUUCAUGGUCGUCCUCUCUCACGGUGAGCAGGGCACGCCAGGUCUACCAGAAGGCGGCCAUAAAUGUAGAUAAGGCGCUAGUGAAAGCAGAGGCUUGUCAGCAGGAGCGCUCGUGCCAAUUCUUGCAGGUGCCUCAGGACGAGUGGGGGGGCUUCCCGCUGGGGAAGGAUGAUGACAUCCCUUGCCGGCGCAUGCGCAGCGGGAGCUACGUCAAGGCCAUGGCGGAAGACGACAGCGGCGACUCGGACGGGAGUCCCAAACCCUCGCCCAAGAUGCAGGCGCGACGGGCCAGCUACCUCAAAGCCACCCAGCCGUCCCUGACCGAGAUGACUACGCUGAACAUUUCCACAGAGCACUCACCGAAGCUGCAGAUCCGGAGCCACUCUUACCUGCGGGCGGUGAGUGAAGUUUCCAUCAAUCGCAGCCUGGAGAGCCUGGACCCCAAAGCCCUCCUCGCCUCGCCCCAAUACCGUUCACGCAACGAGAGCUACAUGAGGGCUAUGAGCACCAUCAGCCAGGUGAGUGAGGUGGAGGUGAACGGUCAGAUCGAGGCAGUGUGUGAGAGUGUUUUCAGUGAGAUGGAGUCACAGGCAGUGGAUGCUCUGGACCUGCCGGUGCCCGGGUGCUUCCGGAUGAGAAGCCACAGCUACGUCCGCGCCAUCGACCAGGGCUGCUCUCAGGACGACGACGGACCACUACUACCCGCAUCACCACCACGGACCACCACUACAGUCAGGACCAUACAGAGCAGCACAGUAUCGUCAUGCAUCACCACCUAUAAGAAGACUCCGCCCCCCGUGCCCCCACGCACCUCCACCAAGCCCUUCAUCAGCAUCACGGCCCAGAGCAGCACCGAGUCGGCGCAGGACGCCUACAUGGACGGCCCAGGUCACCGGGGCGAGGUCACGCUGCACUCGGGCCUCAGCAACUCCACCGAAAGCAUCGACAGCAUGAAGGCUCUGACGGCGGCCAUCGAGGCGGCUAACGCGCAGGUCCACGGCCCGGCCAGCCAGCACGUCAGCAGCAGCAGCAGCAUGAACAACCCCAUGCCCCUCUCCAUGCCCCUGUCCAUGUCCAUGUCCAUGCCCAUGCCCAUGACCAUGCCCAUGCCUGUACCCCUCCCAAUGCCCGUGCCUCUGCCAGUCCAGGUGCCCAUAAUGGAGGACGGCCACAGGGAAGCCCUGCGCAAGGGCCGCUGCCUAUCCAUCGGCAUUCAGGUGGAUGGCCCAGAAGAUCAGGAGCAAGAGGACCAGUCAAAGUUCCAGUCUGUAGGGAUUCAAGUUGAGGACGAAAGAAGCCAUAGGAGGUUCACACGCUCCAACAGCGUAACAGCAGCAGUGCAGGCGGACCUGGACACUCCAGACUAUUCCCCAGUUGACUCUCCGGACGUGGACUCCCUUCAUCCAUCAGGCUGCCUCUCCCGGCAGUACUCUCGGGAUGCGGCCACUUCCACGGUCAGCAUCCAGGGCUCAGGGAACCACUACCAUGCCUGCACCUCUGACGACUAUGAUGACGUGGGCUUCGACCCCUCCAUCCUGCCCCCACCGGACCCCUGGAUCGACAGCGUGACGGAGGACCCUCUGGAGGUGGUCAGCCGCUCGGUGUGCCAGCGGGACGGCCGCUGGUUCCUCAAGCUGCUGCAGGCCGAGGCCGAUCGUAUGGAGGGCUGGUGCCGGCAGAUGGAGCAUGAAGAGCGCGCGAAUGAACUUCCUGAUGACAUUCUAGGGAAGAUUCGGAGCGCGGUGGGUAGUGCCCAGCUACUAAUGUCUCAGAAGUUCCAGCAGUUUCGAGAGCUGUGUGAAGAGAACCUGAAUCCUAACGCUCACCCCAGGCCUGUGGCGCAGGACCUGGCUGGGUUCUGGGACAUGCUGCAGCUGUCCAUCGAAAACAUCAGCCUGAAGUUCGACGAGCUGCACCAACUCAAAGCCAACAACUGGAGACCCCUGGACCCCCCGGAGAGAAAGGAGAGGAGGUUGCCUCCCCCCGUGCCAAAGAAACCCCCAAAGGCUCACCCACCCCUGGCCCGGGACCGCUCGCUGGAGAGCACGGAGAAACAGCGACAGGAGGCGCGCAAACGCUUGAUGGCGGCCAAGAGGGCGGCGUCUGUGCGCCAGAAUUCAGCCACAGAGAGUGCGGACAGCAUUGAGAUCUAUAUCCCUGAAGCCCAGACCAGACUAUGAAAGCACAUAUACACACAAUCACACACGCAUACGCCACUGCCGCAUUCGUAUACACAGUAUAUACUUAUAUAAAUGCUAAUUCUAGCAUUAAAAAGCACAGACACACCGCCCGGGUCGGUAUCUCUGAGGGGAGCGCCAAGACACAUUCAUACACAUAUACAUAUACACACACACCUCUCUGGGAACACACUUUAAGGUCAUUUUAUGUAGUUCAAAGUUAAUAUACAUAUUACAGUAUAUACAUAUAUUUAUAUACAUAAUCUUACUAGCCAAAUUGUGUUGUUUGCACCAUCUCAUCACAUGCCUUAGGAAUAUUCAGCCUCAUUUAUUGAAUACACUCAAUCUCUUAUUGAAUUACUCAAAAGUAUUCAGAUUAAGGGCAUUUUUACACCCAUACAUUUAAUCCAUCUAAACAGGAAUCUGGUUCAUUUUCUCCCUUCUUGAUAUGAUUAAUCUGGGCAGGUAUGAAUACAGCAAAUGCAUUUGAAUGCUAAACCCACCAAGAAACACAACAAGACCUUGAGAGAAUGUGGUCUCAAACUAACCGCUCCCAAACUCUGGGGCAGGUUAUUUGUGGAGAGACCCAUGUUCUAACCUCAAUCCAAACCAAGGAGAAAAACUCUAAAGCCCAAUACCAUUUCUCUUUUGUACCCCUACCCCUUGUUUUUGAGUGUAACCCUUUUCGUGGGAACUGUGAAUUGGUACUAUUAUUGUAUGUCUUCAGAAAAGGGGCUGGUGUUGCAGCAUUUAAUUAUUAUUGCUCAUUCCUUAAUUUCUGAUGGGGAGCUAAAAUGAGAUUAAAUAACUUUUAUUUUUCUGUUCCAUCUUAAAGGAGAACCCUGGUGUGAAAUGGACUUUGGGUGUAUUAAAACGUCAUUAAAAAAAUACUUACCUGAGUUGAAUAGCCCUCCUCUGAUCUCCCUCAGCUUUCUGAAAUUCAGUAUUUUAGAAUGUAUGAUAUGGGGCAUUUCUUGCACUUGCAGAUAAAUAUUUUUUUUCCCAUCGUUAUUUAGGCUCAAAGUAGCUCCACACUUCAUUGGUAGAAUUCGGAGAGCCCUUAAAUUUAAAACAAGGCAUUUAGAACUUUAAAACUGCACAAAACAUUUAUUAAAAGCCACUGUUUACAUCCCAUGGUGUAGGUAAAUCUCUGGGCGCCGCCAUUUUAAAUGUAAGUCACAAUAAUCAGUCGUCGAGCGUGAAUAAAUAGGUAGGAUAGUUGAGCAGAUUGCAAAAUUAAAAUGCAUAUAUUCCAGCUGUUGCUGGAAAUAUCUAAUUACUGUCGAUAUUUGAAUGCAAAGAGCCAACAACAAAUUACAUAAACAUUGCUCAAAAAGUUUUACAAUUCGUGCUGGACGGUUUACUUAUUGUGACUUAAGGUUAAGAUGCCAGCACCUGGAGAUUUACCUACGCUAUGGGAUGUAAACAGUGGCUUUUAAUAAACGUCUUGUGCAGUUUUAUAGUUCUAAACGCCUCUUUUUAAAUGUCAGGGCUCUCCGGAUUCUAUGAAGAAAGUUGCAAGAGAGCGGAGGUGGGCUAUUCAAUAAAGGUAAGUACUUUUUAUCACGUUUUAAUACACCCAAAAUCCAUUUCACACCGGAGUUCUCCUUUUAAUGCAGCAACGUCUGCUGUCUGUUGCACCAUUUAAGGUGAACCUAAACAUGGAUAUAGCUUAUCAGAGUCAGUGUACCACUUGCUUGUUACUGUACGUUCACACCGAACGCGAUAAAAUCGCUCUGUGUCGCCUGUCCAAUAGGCGAUGAGUCGCUUGGGGGCGUGUCUCACUCAGAACGAGCUGUCGCUGGUGGGCGUUUUCCAAAUACGGCACAUACAGAAACAAGGGUUCAGCCUCUCUACACAAUUCCUAAACAUUAAAAACUUUUAUAACUAUUUUUAAGUACAAUUAUUUAACAUAAUUAUUUCAUAUUACAAUAAAUGGGUUUACUUAAAUAUAAUACAUUAUUUUCCUUAAUGUAGUAAAUCAUUCUCUUAAUUUGUCCAUAAUUUCAAAUAUUGUUAACUUAAUGAAAUAAAUAUUUUCUUGUAAUUAAUAUGUUUACUUAAAUAUAUUAAAUCAUCCUCUUGAUUUAAUAAACAGUCUUUCUCUUAAUUUAAUAAAUAAUUCCCUCAGUUUUAAUAAAUCUUUCUGUAAAAUGUAAUGAAUAAUUCCCUCAGUUUUACCUAAAUCGUUUCAAAUUCCAUACCUCAGUUUGAACAAAUUGUUACAUUAAAUGUAUUAAAUACUUUCUUCAGUUGUAAUAAAUCAUUAUGUUAACUUUAAUAAAUAAUUCCCUUUGUUUCAAUAAAAGGUUCUGUUAAUAAAAAAAUAUUCCCUUAGUUGUCAUAAAUCGUUCUGUUAAUUUAUAAAUAAUUUCCUCAGUUUAAUAUAUAGUUUUGUAUUAAAUAAGGUAAUUCUGUAAGGAUAGUACUAUAGUGGGGUAGCCGCUGGUGAAGUUGAGUAUUUUACCUCAGAUCAGCUCAGUUCAGUUCUGUUCUCUCCGUUUUGCUGGCGGAAUAAAUCUUCAGUAGGAACCGAAAAUCAGAGCAGCGAUUUCAGGCCGGACAUAUGAGAAUCUGUUUCUGAUUGGUAGUCGCCUCCGCGCGUCGCUGCUCAUUUGCAUAAAGUUAAGUUCUGGUCAACUCUCUCGCGUCGCUCAAACCGCCCGCUUCGCAUCGCGUCGCUCCACGUCGCUGCCUGUCGCCCAGUGUCGCUCGCUCUCAUUGAAAAUGAAUGACUUCGGUGUGGACGCACGGUAAAGCAUUAUGGAUUUUUAUGUUAGUGUAUAGUCUAGAGUCUUCUGAAAAUAAGUCAACAUGCAGUCAUUAAUGUCUAAAUAUCUGGCAACACAAGUGAGUACAGCUCACUGUGAACAUGUCCAUACUGUGCCCAGGUAUGAAUGGGGAGCAGGACUGUUACAUUUUGGGCACAAUUUCAUACUGGACACUGAAUAUUCAACAUGCCACUUCAUGGUAAAGAACUCUCUGAGGAUUUGCGAAGUAGAAUUGUUGCUCUCCAUAAAGAUAACCUAGGUUUUAAGAAGAAUGCCAGCACCCUAAAACUCACCUUUGUCGACCAAAGGAUGUGUCUCAACAUCCACCAGCUCUUUGAUUUCAUCAUGGAGGUGUGGAACACAAUUCCAGUAACAACCUGGUGAAUUCUUUGCCCAAGAGGGUAGUAGUCUCACAAAAUAUUGACAUUUUGGGGAGAAUUGGAACGCGUUUACAGUGAGAUGUUGCCAGAUAUUUAGACAUUAAUGGCUGUGUAUUGAGUUAAUUUUAUAGGACAGAUAAUCUGUAUUGUUAUACAAGCUGUACACUGACAAUUCUAAGUUUCAUUUCUGUAUUGUUGUCCAUAAAAAGAUAUAAUCAAAUAUUUGCAGAAAUGUGAGGGCCGGGACCUUUCUGGAAACGUCCUCAAUUAUCCUUAGUGAUAGAAUAUCCCAUACUGACCAAUAGGCUGCUUAAAAGGAGUCUUCAUAGGACCUGCCCUACCUCAACUGUAGCCUAGUCUUUGGAACGUGUAUUCAGUAAAUGAGGUCCUUUUAUUCAAGUAAUUAAUUAGUUUAUAUGCAGACACAUCUAGUCACAGACACAUGGUCGCUCAUCUACAUGCUUCAGUAAUUAACACUCACACUCAACACCCGCAUACACACACACAUACACACACCUGUGUACUGGCGCUGACUGAAAGGGUAGGGUGUUUGUAUAUAAUCUGUGAUAAACCUUACCCUUACUGCUACGAGGGAAAGCGUAGCAGCUCUUGCUAUUUUGUUUAGAUCUUUUCUCCGGUUUAGAUCUUUCAUCUCUCCAUUCUCUCUGCGGCGAUCGUCCUGCUGAUCCUCCUCCUCGCUGGCUGUGUACAGUAGGCCUAGGUUCUUUCUCUCCUCCUGCUGCUCCUCCUCCUCCACUCCAAAAUAUGACCUGUGCUGAGUCCUGUACCUGAGGAAUUCUAAUGGACAAGCCAUUACUUUUAAAAUUGCACUCAUAAAAAUAAAGGUUUCUCGAUGGUCCUUGUCUUUGGAUGGGAUGCAUUUAGCUAUUAUUGAACUUUAUGAGGUUUAGAUCCUAUAUGCAGGUAAAUUCUGUUUGAUUUGCUCUACUUUUCUCUUAGGAAGAUCGUAAUUUUCCCAAGACCCCAUUCUAGUGGGAAGGCCAUUUGUUGUACUUACACUAUAUUGCCAGAAGUAUUUGCUCACCCAUUUAAAUCAUUGAACUCAGGAGUCCAAUCACUUUCUUGGCCACAGAUAAACAAAACCAUGCUGAGGUGCCUAGUCACCAACUUUCUGCAGCAGAUUCAGUCACUACAGACCUCCAAACUUAAUGUUUCCUUUAUUAGCUCAAGAACAGAUCAUAGGAAACUCCAUCCAAGCCUAAUAAAUGCAAAGCAGGCGAAUGAAUACUUUUGGCAGUAUAGUGAAUGUGUUAGAAAGAUGGGAAUGUAGUUAUUACACAAUAACAGGUGCCGCCCUGUUAUUUUCAAUAAUUCAGAACCUGAACAUGAAAAUCCCUUGAUUUCUACAAAGAGAUUGCUUUUUCUCAGCAACCAGCGACAGCAGAAGUAACUGUAUGUUACAGCCAAACACAAAUCAGCCAUAACAUUAAAACCACCAGUUAAAAACAUUAAUUAUCUGAUUUGCCAUGUUCAGUAGAAGCUGAACAAAGCUGCACCGACCUGUAGGGGUGGAAAUUACAGGACAGAAUACGCAGUAAAAUUUCUGGUGAGCUGCACAUCAGUCUAUAUCAUAGGCUACAGUAUACAGUACUGCAGUUCCUGUAAGCUAUAAUGUAGAAUCAACACAUAAUUGGCCUUUAGGCAGGAGGACUUGUUCUUUUAUAUCUGAUCAGUGUACAUCAUGCAUACAAUCAGUGGUUCUGCUCUUGCUCUGUUUCAUACAAUGCCCUUUAAAGAAGAAAUCCGGUGUGAAAUGGACUUGGGAUGCUGUAGCCGAUGCCCCCAGCAGGAUUACAAAGGUAGUGAAUGAUCAUUGGUAGAAUUCUGAGGACCCUGACAUUUAAAACGAGCCAGUGAGAACUUUGAAAGUGCACAGAUAUAAACACACAGUAGCUUGAAGUAGUUCUUUGGGUGCCGCCAUCUUGAAAUUAAGUCUUGUUAAGUCAACUGUCGAGUAAAUAGGUAGAAUAGGGGAACAAACUGUGAAAUUAAUUCAGUUCAAAUGCAUGGAUAUUUUAGGGAUUUCAUGUGAGCUUUUAAAGCUCGCAAUUCCACCAGUAAAGUUUGGAGCUACUUUGAGCCUCUUGUUAAUGGUGUAGAAAUAGUGAUUUCUUUGCAUGGCCAAUGCUAUGCCCCCAUCUCUAGCAUGGUAAGCCUGUUGGGAGCAUCGGCUAAUAGCACUAUAUUUUGGAAUGCUGGAUGCUAUUAGACAAACGUUCCUACUCAUUAUCAAGUCUAUUUCACACUGGGUUUCACCUUUAAUGAACAAUUUCAUAAGAAAUGCAAAAUUCUACCAUGAUUUUGUUAUCGCUGGCGAUAACUUGGACUACUGAGGGUUUGUGAAGGGUCAUAAUUAGUCUAACAAAGUCUUACAAUGACGAUUCUUCAAGGAAUCAGCCAUUAAAAGGUUCUUUACUUUCAUUGUAUCACUAAGGAGCCCAUUUAUUUUGGAACCUUUAUUUUCACGAGUGUUCCUACCUCAGCAGAGUUGGACUACUCAGAAAGUGUUGGACACAGUCAAGAGCUAAACCCCCCCAAAAAGCUUAUGGGUCUUUGGUAGAUUGCACAGAUGGCUUCCUUUUCUCUACCUGACAUACUUAAACCUUCCAGGCCAGCUUUCCAAGCCACUGCUUCACCACGUUAUUUCUUCUCCUCCUGCUGAUGUCACUUUUCUUACUUGCCUCCCUCUCGCACUGUCACUCUUAUUUCUCUCUCUCUUUCUCUUUUUUUCUUUUACCGUAACGUAUGAAUGAAAUACGGCAGCGGAACAGGGUAUGUUAUGUUAAAAGCAAUAUUCAUUUCCAAUUCGAACAAUCAGCGUUCCACUGUAAGACUGUAAAGACUGUACAGGUUCUGUUCUUUGUACGAGUUGGUUGGUUGGUUGGUUCACUGCUGAUGGAAGAAGAGGCCUUCAAUGUUCUGUAGCCAUUUCUGUUUCCUGUACUGAUGCUUGCUAUUGUGAACUCAUUUGAUCGAUCACUCUUCUCUAAAUAUUUGAAAUAUUUGAAACCCUCUAGUCAUACAGUAGACAUUUAGGCACAUCAUAUUCUUUAGUGUACUUAUUAUAGCCUACAGGUUAACUUCCGUUUUUUUUUUUUUUUUAAUGUAGAAUUGGGAUUGUCCUGUGGUUACAGGCUAUGGCCAUCCUCAGUAGAGCCUCUCCCCUGGAAUUUAGAAGAGAAUUCAGUUGAAAACUGCGAAAACUCAAGCUUUUUAAUGUUGUUCGCUAAUUUGCAUCUUUCCAGUAGCAAGUUCGGUGACUUAAUUUCGUCGUUCCUUACAAUACGAUAUUUUAUAACGUUUCGGAAACGGGAAGAGGGUUGUGGGAAUUUUUUUUUGUUUGUUUUUUUUUGUAGACAAAUGAUUUUGUAGUAGACAAAGUAGACAGUAGACAGGGGGAGUGGCUCUCUGAGAGGAUCAUGUGACUCAAGUCUGUCCAAUCAGGCCAGGCGGGCUAGACUUAGCAUUAAACUCUCAGGACGAUAUGGGGAUUCAGUGGGCGCAGCAAAAUCAGGGUCUCCCAGUGGUGGUGUUUGUGAAUGUGUGAAUGUGUGUAUGAGUGAAUUUGUGAGUGUGUUUGGAUAAAUAACUGUCUAUUGGUGAUAUGGUGUGUGUGUGUAUGUGGGUGUGGGUGUAUGUGUGUGUGUGGUGGGGUGUGGGUGUGUGUUUGUUUGCGUGAGCAUCUCGAAAAAGUGCUUCCUAACUUCCUUGGUUAACACAAACUUUUAACUUUUCUGUUUGGAUGAAGUGAAGUAGCUUCAUAAACCCCACCCCUACACCCACCCUAUAACCCACACACACACACACAAACACACACAGACGCACACACACACACACAGACGCACACACACACCCCAGUCCUUAUUUUAGUCAGUAAUGUUUGUACAGAAACUCUACAAUGACAAGCAUGCAGACACGGUAAUAUAGGAAUAAUGUAUAUCUUAUUUGUACUUUAAUUCUUUAUUUAUUACUUUAUUUAUUUACCUAUUUAUUUAUUUAUUUACUUAUUUAUUGUUGAUUUAUUUUGUACGGUUUGGAUUCUGUUCAGUGAUCUGUCAUGCUACCCUCAUAUUGUGAAUAUGUUGUAUUGUAUGUAUAGACAUUAUGUGUGCAUACAUACGAUAAACACGGAAUAAAUUCUUCAAACUUU